GGUGAGCAGGUGGCGGGGUUCAGCUGGGACCAGAAAGCCCCGCUGGGUUGGGCAGGUUCGCGUUUGGGCUGGUGGUGAGUUGGGGUGGGGGGGACACUACCCUGCUGUGGGGUCGCAGCAGAAUCUGACGGGCGGUGGGAAUAACUUGGAGCUGGGUUUAGGCAGGGCCGGUGCCGGGACGGAGGGGCUGGGUCAGGGGCUGGCCUGGGGAAGUGGGAGGACUGGCCGUGUGGGGUGGGACGGGGUCCGGAGGCUGUUUGGGAGAGCGAGGGGUCCUGGCAGCCCGCAGGGACCCCACGGUCCCUGGCAAGUGGAGCCAGUGCAGCCACAUCUCCUUGCUGUGGAUCUUGGCAUGGAAAACCCCAAAUAUUGCUUGGAUCCCGGUGAGCGGCUGGCAGCCGUGGCUACGUGAUGCCAGGAGAGCUGGCAGCCUCCCUGCGUGCGGUGGCACGUCACUGGUGUCCAUGGAUCCCCCUGACCCGUGCCUGUGCCCCCCAGCCUGGCGAGGAGGUGCCAUCUCCCAUUGUCCCCCCCACAUCCCCCCUGUGCCCACUGGAGAUUUGCGGGGGCCCGGCACCACGCGCCCACCAGAUUUCACCAGCACGAUUUCCUCCUUUGGCAUCAGUGACGGGAGCGGGGGCGGAGAUGGGGGGAGCCCGGGGGAGACACAAAUGCGCGACUGCAGCAUCCUCACUCUCACGGCUGCAUCCCUCGCGCCUCCUCAUGGUUGCCUUAGCAACCUCCUAUCGAUGGGGUAUUUAUAGAGGAGGCAGACGCGUGUUGGGAAGCCGGAGGGGGGGCACUGGGACUGGGUGGGCGUCUGCUUGGUCAGCUUCCAGCUUCAGGCUUGUCUCGGCUUGCGUGGCUGUGCGGAGGCAGGAGGGAUGCUGCUCGCCUUGGCCUCAGCGUGCGCGGUGGUUCAGCUUUUCCUGCUCAUCGCAGCUGGAGGAGAUGGUUAGGAAUUUGUGCACGGAAAUAAAAACAAGCAUCUGGGUUGUCUGCCCUUCUCACAGGCAUCGCUCAUGCUUGUAGGCUUGCGUAGACGUGGCUUAUUGUUGCACUGAAAUAAACCAUCUCUGAGCUCUGACACUGGGUGCAUUGGCACAGAUAUUUGGAAAAAACUUAAAGAUAAAAUUUUUCUGAUGCAUUAAAUGUGUUGUCCAAUGUGUGAUGUAGAUUACAGAGCUGGGGAUCCUGACAAAUCUGGUCUUGAAUAUCCCUGUUUCUGUGUCUCUGUUCUCCUGUCUAUUGAAGGGUGGGAAUGCCUGUAACAAGCAGCAAUACAGAGUUUUUGUGUGGAAGCUGUAGCAAGUUUUCCAUGCCAUGCGUUCUUUUAUCCUGUGGGUUUAGAUCUCUUUGUAAAAAACUGAUGACAACAAAAGCAGGUCAGGUAUUCCCUGCUCAGAGCUGAUGCAGCCUGUGGGGGAAUGCACAGGUCUGGAAGCCUCUCAGCUGCUCUCACAUCCCCCAGAACGGCUCAGAAAAGCAGGAUUGGGUACACAGUUUAUUGAGAAAAGGCUUCCUGGUGGGGGCUGUGGGGUGCAGGAGGCAACAGACCCCCCCUGUGUAAUUCUGGUGCUCUGCUGCUUUUCCUCACUCCUGCUUAAACUCCAGACUCAGGUUUGCAAUCUGAGUUUCACGAGCUGUGGGAAAGGAGCUGCUUUGUGCCUCUGGAGACAGCUCCGGGCUUGCUUGGCCUUUUGUCCCUUUUAGUGUGGGAACCUCAGAAACCCCAGGAAAAUCCAGAAACCCCAGGAAACCUGAUGUAGCCAGGGAGAGGUGCUGGAUUUACCGAGAAGGCGGCUGUUGGUGGGGUACGGUAGAGCCUGCUGUGGGGGUGUGCGUCUGAAUUCCCGCCUUUUACGUGAAAUGAGAAGUGCAUUUCUAGCCUUGCUGACCCCGUGGACAACCCUGUGCCAUCCCUGACCUUGCUCCAGCUGAGCAGAUUCAAGUGCUUUUUAGGAUAACCCCGAAUAUCUGAAGUCCCGGACCUAAGAUAAAGCAUGCGGUUUCAUUCAUGCUGUUUCUGUGUUUGCUCCUUCAUCUGCAAUAAAUCCCUGCAGGGGCUGGUUAGUCUUGUCCCCUCUGUCUCCUGACAGAGCUGUGGCCUUGCCACAACAAGGUGUCACGCAAGGCAAGAGGAGAUGAGUCUGCCCAGAGCAGUCUGAUCUUGGUGGGACAUCAAGCACGGGGAGAAGGCAAAGCAUGAAGAACAAGUAGACUGGAGCCCCCUGUAGCCGAGUGAGGCAGCAUGGCAAUGUUCUUGGGGGCCAGGAAUGCCCACUCGGUCCUGAAGCGCUUUCCCCGAGCCAACGGCUUCUUGGAGGAGAUCCGGCAGGGCACCAUCGAGCGGGAGUGCAUUGAGGAGGUCUGCAGCUAUGAGGAGGUCAAGGAAGUGUUCGAGAACAAGGAGAAGACGAUGGAGUUUUGGAAGGGAUACACGAACUCUGUCUACUCCGUCAAGGACCCCGGGCACAGCACGGAGCGCUCAGACGCUAUGUAUGUGGUGGUGCCCCUCUUGGGAGUGGCUCUCCUGAUAGUCAUCGCCCUCUUCAUCAUCUGGAGGUGCCAGCUUCAAAAGGCCACCCGCCACCGUCCCUCCUACGCCCAGAACCGUUACCUGGCCAGCCGAACGGGACGCAGCCUCCCCAGGGUCAUGGUGUACCGAGAGCGGUCACAAAGCCAAGGGGAAACCCAAUACCAGCGAGAAGCGAGCAACCGGGUGGCUGGAGACAGCAGAGCUGGGGGCACCCCCCAGCAAGACAGCACCCUUUACCCACCAGAGCACUCGGUCUCUGUCCUCUCCAGACUGUCUAGUGCCACUCCUCCACCUUCCUACGAGGAGGUGACAGGCCACCCAGAGAGCAGCAGCGGUGAAGAGACCAGUGUCUCCUACAAUGACCCACCACCCAAGUAUGAAGAGAUCGUGGCCGCUGCCCCUGUUGCAGGCAAAUAGCGGAUCUGCCUCCCUCCUGCCUCUUCACACACUCACACUCCCCCCACCCGCCCAACCCUUUGCCGUGCCCAGGACCCCUUUUGGGUGCCAGUUGGCACCCCAUCUCACCUGUACAAGCUGGUGCCAUCACACAAUAGCCUUACCCUCCUAACCAAAAAUAGCUGUUCCCAGGUGGGGUGAGGCUGGGCUGCGGGGAUGGCUCUGAGCCAGCCAGCCGUCCCCUGCCCCUCACUCCCCGCUCACAUAAGUGCUGUAGCAGCCAGAGCAGAGCGGCAGCUUGUUCCUGGCUCAAUGCGGGGGUCUCCCCAUGGUGCAUUUGAUCCUCUUACUUACCCCUUGAAUAGAUAGAACAUUUCCCAUUAUUAAAAUGGCCUCACUGCCUCCCUGGGCUGCUGUUCAGCCUUACCCCACGUCCUCAUCUGGCCCCGUUUUGCUGCUCCAGGCUCUGAUGAGGAGUUGGGGAUGCAGGAAGCGUGUGGUGAAUUUCUGUCCAUCCCCGCGGUUGGUGCCCACACUGUGUUUGGGGAUAAAGUGCCUCCCUUGUGUGGAUUUGCUGCCAGGGGGGAAUGGGGAGCCCGGUCCAUCCUGCGGUGCCUGUAGUGAUAUUCACUGUCCAGAGAUCAGGAGGAGCAGUCAGGGAGGGACUCUCUGAUCUCCUAGGUCCCUUUGGAAAGGGGGAAGGGCUCGUGGUGGUCUCAUACGGGAGGUAAGUGACUUUGGAGUAGCAGGUCCUUUUCCUGAUGCUCUCCACUUCCCUCCUGCGGGGUGCCAGGAAGCUGGAAGUUUGGCUAUGUCAGAGCUGCCUGAGGGGCUCAUCUCUGACCUCAGGCCAAGCGUGGUCCUGUGGCUUUAAGCACUGGGGAUGAUUCUUUUUCCUGGAGAAUCCUGGAGAAAAGACGCCUGUCUGGUGUCUGCACCAGAGGUGGGAUGCUGGCACAGGGAGACGGGACAGGCCAAACCUCUGCGCUCUCUACCCCAAACCUCUCUGUCCUGCCUGGCCCCUCUCUUUGAUGCUCUUUGUUCUCUGGAGCAGGUUAAGAGGAGUGUGAGACCCCAGUCUCCUCCAGGCCCACCACUCUGGUGGGCAGAGUGGUUGGUGGUCCUGGCCAUGGUGUGGAGCUGACAGAGGCUGCAGCAGUGAGGGCUGACCAUGCCGUGACCCAGCAAUGCCAGUGGCUCGGGAGUAGGGCCAGACCCUGUUGCACCUGACCACUGGCUGGUUGUGGUGCCACGGCAAAGCCAGGUGCUUUGCUGUGGGACCAGUGUCCCCUUUUCCUGGGCAGCUGUUUUUGGGGUCCAAGCAAUGGGGCUGUCAUUUCCCAGUCGUGUCUGAUGGGUUAGAAAGGGGGUUGUGUUCACCUGCCCCAUAGGACUAGCCCAGAAACACUCAGCACUGCCACCCCUUGGUGUUCACCCCCAUACCAGUCUCUCCACCAGCACCGAAAGGCUAUUGUACAUCUCUGCACCUGCUCAGUCCCAACGAUGCUCUUGCUGCAGGUGCCCUCAGCCCAGAGCUGAGGUUUGCCCAGCGUGGCUGUUCCUGGGGCAGGACAUGGGUUUGCAGCUGCUGGCACCUUGUCUGUCCCCUCCCAGGCCUUUACUCUGCCUUUCAGCCUUAGCAAAUUGGGCUUAUGGGAAGACCUGACAGUGAGCAUUGGGGUCAGAGCCUGGAAAAGAUUGGAGGGAGACAGAAGGGCACUCUGCAUCCUCUGUCUUUGAUGCUCAGUCAUUAUCCCUGCAGUUUGUAUUCUGUAAAACUUGGUAUAUUUCUGUGAAAAAAAUAAAAAAAGGUAUUUAUUAAAAAA